AAAAAUUCAAUUAUCAUAAAUUCAAUUGGCUAAUGCCAUUUCAUUUGUUUGGUAAAUUAUCUUAUAAAAAAAAAAAGAAAAAAAAAAAGGGUACAAAUUGACUAUUGGAACAGUCCAAAAAAAUAAAUUCCGAAAAAAGUAGGGAAGAAGUCGUAAUUUUGAAUGAAUCACACGGGUUUAUAAAUUGCAAAAAGGGCCUUUGUGACAAAGACUGCAAUGUUCAGAGUUUGAAAGUUGAACCCCAUAAGGCGCCAAUCAGCCCUCCACAUUGAAUCGAUAAUCGUCCAUUUGAUUUGUUUAUGCAAAAUGAUAAUCUGAAUCUGUAUAUGUAGUCAUCAAUUGGGUUUUACUCGAAUCAGUUCGACGAGGGAGGGUUUUAGGGUUUUGAUCGUGUUUGAUUCAACAAGUAUGAAUUCGGGCGAUCUCCACAAGGUUUGGGAAAUCAAAGCCCUCAAGAAGAAGGAUGGAGAGGACGAGGCUAAGAAGUUUCUCGAGAGAAUUGCUAAUCAGGUCCAGCCCAUCAUGCGGAAACACAAAUGGAGGGUCAAGGUUCUAUCUGAAUUCUGCCCUAAGAAUCCAGCACUUCUGGGGUUGAAUGUGGGAGGUGGUGUCCAUGUAAAGUUGAGGCUUCGAAGGGCAAACAGGGACUGGGAUUUCUUUCCUUUUGAUCAAGUUCUUGAUACAAUGCUUCAUGAGCUCUGCCACAAUGUUCACGGUCCUCACAAUGCCAAUUUCUACAAGCUUUGGGAUGAACUAAGAAAGGAAUGUGAGGAGCUGAUAAACAAGGGAAUAGCUGGCACUGGAGAGGGAUUCGAUCUUCCUGGGAGACGCUUGGGUGGUUUCUCUCGUCAACCUCCUCUUUCAUAUCUUCGCCAAACUGCACUAGCAGCUGCAGAAAAGAGAGCAAGUCUGGGAUCUUUACUACCAUCAGGGCCUAAACGCGUUGGUGGUGAUAAGUCUAUUAUGGUUGCACUUAGUCCAAUACAAGCUGCUGCAAUGGCUGCAGAAAGGAGAUUGCAGGAUGACAUAUGGUGUGGUUCUGAGCAUUGUGAAUUAUCUGGCGAAGGAGAAAAUUGUACUGAUAUCCUGCAGAAACCCGCAUAUACCGAUCAAAAUGCUAGAAGCACCAAGCUUUAUAGUGGUUCUGAUGCACAUUCUUCAGAUGCAAUAUCUCGAAAAAGAAGUCGAGAAUCAAAUAACAGUUCAUUAUCUCAGUCUUCUAAUGGUCAUUUAGAAACCAGUUUCGUGGAUUUGACCAUGGUUGGUUCUACUACUGGGUCUAUGUCUCGUAAUGAUCAGAUACCUCAAAAAAGAAGUCGUGACACUGAUAAUAGGUCACUUUCUCAGUCAUCAAAUGGCCAUCCAAAAUCUGGUUUUGUGGAUUUAACUAUGGAUACUUUGACUUCUGGAUCCAUGAUUAAUCAUGAUGCAACACACAAUGCAGAGGAAUCCAAUAUGUGGGAGUGUGCAACUUGCACUUUAUUGAAUCCGCCAUUAGCUCCAAUAUGCGAGCUUUGCAGCACUCAAAAGCCCAAAGAUGCCAAAGGCAAGUACAGUAUCUGGUCAUGUAAAUUCUGUACUCUAGAAAACAGUGCGGAGUUAGAGAAAUGCACAGCAUGCGGGCAGUGGAGAUAUUCACACGGCCAGCCAGUGGCAACCCCCGCGCCAAAUCUUGGCACUUAAGCAGAACCAAGAUAUUUAUAGGAAUUUUGGUUGAAAUCCCAAAUUUUGUUUGGAUUUUCUUUAUAAGAAAUUUGCCCUUUAGAACACCUCAAGGGAACAUGUUAUGGUUUGAGAGUAUUUAUGAGCAAAUGUCUUGUGGUUCUCAAGCACGAGAGCUGGGAUUGACGUCUCUUAAUUGGGCCUUUUGGGUACUCUAUUGAUUUAAGAAUUUGGGGUUUUAGCUUUUAUUAAAAUUUCCUGGUCUUUUGGUUGGAUUCUUUUUUGGUGAAUUUCCAGGAAAAGUCCUUUUAAUUACAGAUCAAUAUCGGUUAAAUUUAUUUAUCACUUCCAUCUGUGUACCUAACGAUAGUGGUGGUUAACCAUUUUUAAUCCUUAUGUAAACUUGUUCUGUUCAUUAAUAUUUUCCACUUAUCCUUUUUGUCUGCUGAAUCGAACUGAAUUUAAAAUUUUGUGCU